ACGUAGAGCAUCCAAAUCAAAAACUCAAUCGCCAUCUUGUGGGAGAAGAGGCAGGUCCUUUGGACAAUAGAAAUAUUGCGUUAGAAGACGUAGAUACAUUAUUGACACAUACUUUAAGCUGUAACAGUACUCAAACGACAUGUCUAGGGACAGGUUUAACAGAAAUCGUGGCGGUGGAGGAUUUCAAAGAGGCGGACGAGGCAACGGCCUUGGACCUGGGGCUAUGCGAGGUGGAAUGGGCAACCCGAACUUCAGAAAUCAAAAUCAGCUCCCAUUUCAAAACCGUGGACCACAGCUUGGAAAUAACUUUGGAAAGCCACCCAACCAGGUUCCGCAGUUAACCCACCAGAAGCCACAGCAACCUCCAAGUCUGGCUCAGCAACUGAAUCGGCCACCCCCGACCCCUGGCCCUGCGCUAACCAUGAAAGGCCCGGCACAGAUACAGCAGCAGGCCGCUGCAGCACAACAGCAGCAGCAGGCCGCACAGCAACAAUCCGCUGCCACACAGCAACAACAGGCCGCUGCCGUACAGCAACAGCAGGCCGCUGCGCCACCACCAAAGAUGCAGUCUCCUCCACCUAAACCUGUAUUAUCGUCGCCCCCGCCGAAGCCUGUAAUCCCAUCACCACAACCUAACCAAAUGAACAAGAAUCUGCAAAAACCAGGAGUUGGAAACGGUCAGAAAGCAUCACCAUCGACGGUUAGGUCCAAGCAAGAACCUCAAAAACGGAAGAUGGACAGAGUUGAAGAAACCAGUGCACCCAAGGAGUUCAAAGCUACGUUAUCCUUACUGUUGAAACCUGGUGAGAAAACCUACACACAACGUUGCCGACUUUUCAUCGGAAAUCUGACCAACGAUAUCUCAGACGAUGAAUUCAAGAAGUUGUUUGCUAAAUAUGGGGAGCCCAGUGAGAUAUUCCUCAACAAAAGCAAAGGAUUUGGUUUCAUCCGGCUGGAGUCCCGUGCAUUGGCAGAGAUAGCAAAAGCUGAACUGGAUGAUGUCCCCAUGAGGGGCCGUCAGCUUCGUGUGCGCUUUGCAACACACCCUGCUGCUCUGUCCGUGAAGAACCUAUCACCAUAUGUUUCCAACGAACUCCUUGAAGAGGCCUUUUCUCAGUUCGGAUUGGUUGAGAGAGCAGUGGUUAUUGUAGAUGACCGUGGUCGUUCUUCUGGCAAGGGCAUCGUUGAGUUUGCUUCAAAACCCGCAGCCCGCAAGGCCCUGGACCGCUGCAGUGACGGAAUUUUUUUGCUUACCACGUCACCUCGUCCAAUUGUUGUGGAGCCUCUUGAACAGUAUGAUGAUGAAGAUGGCCUACCUGAGAAACUGGCACAAAAGAACCCCAAUUAUCAAAAAGAGAGAGAGGAGCCGCCUCGCUUUGCCCGGCCUGGCACAUUCGAGUUUGAGUACUCGAAACGCUGGAAGUCCCUGGAUGAGAUGGAGAAGCAGCAGAGACAGCAGGUGGAGAAAAAUAUAAGAGAGGCCAGGGAGAAGCUGGAGGGAGAGAUGGACGAUGCCUUCCAUGAGCACCAGGCUAACAUGCUCCGCCAAGACCUGCUUCGGCGUCAGGAGGAGCUUCGCCGCAUGGAGGAAAUGCACAGUCAGGAGAUGCAGAAAAGGAAAGAGAUGCAGAUCAGACAAGAAGAGGAGCGUCGCAGGCGAGAGGAGGAGAUGCUUCGCCAGAGGGAGAUGGAGGAGCAGAUGAGACGCCAGCGAGAGGAGAACUACAGAAUGGGAAACUUCAUGGACAAUAGGGAGAGAGAGAUGAGGAUGAAUGCUGGUGGAGCCAUGGGCGGCAUGCCAGAAAUUCCUUUUGGCAGCCCUAACCAAAAGUUCCCAAUGGGUGGGAUGGGCUUCGAGGGACAUCAGGGCAGGGGCGGCCCUGCAGGAGGUGCCAUGGGGAACGAAAUGCGCAAUGAGCGUUUCCCCCAAGGUGGUCCUAGGGGAAUGGGCCCCAAUAACCAAGGGUUUGGCAGGGUCCGUGAGGAGUUUGAUGGGCCGGCCAAGAAGCCUCGUUUUUAAAAGUUUAGUGUCAUUCUCAAAGCAGCGCUUUUGUGUAGAGAUUCUCUGAAUACCUUGAAUCAUUAUUGUAUUUAAGUUGAAAGUGUUCCUGCAUUUUAGCCUGAAGACUUAUACAUUUUAUGGCAAGUUUAGGUAGUUUUUCGUUUUAUUUUGUAUUUAGAGUAGUAUAAAAAAAAUUGUUGGACCACCUUCUGUGAUCCAGUUAGCGCUCAUCCAUGUAUUAUUUCUUAUCCAGGUGUAUCAUGCUCUGUGACUCGUGUCGUAAGUGGUGAUAAUUGUAACGUUCUCUCACCUUUCUAUGGCUGUGUUUUGUGCCAUUUCAAAUUUUGGAAGUUAAACAUGUAAUACAAUAAAAACUACAAAUUG